UGGAAGAGAAAAGAAGACGGGGAAGUUGUGUGUGCGAAGAUUUGAGAAAUUUCAAUGUAGUGUGUGAUGUUGCUGAGUGCGGACGAACUUUUUUGGGUUGACAUUAGCAGCUGUGAAGAGUAUUAAUAUUAUUCUAUAGAUUUGUGAAGAGAGCCAAUAACAAGUGAAAAUAAUCAUGCACGGCAAUUGGAAUAUUCCAGCCAGUCCAGUAUUUCAGUGACGCGUUCUCAGUGUGCAACUCCCUAAUCGAGACAUCCCGACAUUGGCGAACUCGAGCUCAUUUUUUUCGGGGGAAGAGAGACAAUGUGUGCGCGAUUCUAACCUCAUUCUUAGAAAGUGUGCUCAAAGUGUUAUUUAGAACAAUUUCUCUUGGCGGCCGAGUGAGAGAGAUAGAGAUAACUGUAAAAAAAUUUCUACACACUGUGUAUAUUAUUUUAGUUUAUUUGCUCAACAAGUGUGGAUAUAAAAUACAUUUCUUUUUUCUAAUUAAUCCAAUAAUUACCAAUCUCUGCCUCUACACAUCUCUUGCGCGCGUCUCGCAUUUUCAUUUCGCGCAUUUUCUUCGGGAAAAUCCAUCUUUUUUUCGCACCUAAUUUGCUCUUGUGUUGGACGAUAUAAAAACGUGAUAUCACACUGGAUAUAGCACAGUUUUCUCGGAUCAAAGGAAAAAUGCCACAGCCGAAUUGUCAAUCGAUACGAUACUGCUGGGAGGCGGAAAAAGUAAAAACCUUGAUACGGUUGAGGGCAGAACUUUCACCACUCUUCACGGGCAAACGAAAUGCAGCCAAAUACGCUUGGGCUGUCGUGGAGCGCGAACUCAAUGUUCCACUGCCACUGGCGAAGAUCAUCAAGAAGUGGAACAAUCUGCUGCAAGAAUACAAGGCGAUAAAGCUGUCGGAGGAGCCCAAGAGGCGCGACUGGCCCUUCUUCAACAUGAUGGACGUGUACUUCAGCGACCAGGUGAACGAUCCGACGCUGCGCCUCUUCUCCAGCACCAAGACCUUCGGCGCCGACAACCUGGACGACUGCACAUUCGAGGACAGCAUCGUCAUGUCCAACGCCAUCGCGGCGGCCACGGCGGCGGCGCAGCAGGCGUCGCGCGAGGCGCGCGAGAACGCCGAGGCGGCUGAGAUGAUGCAAGACUCAAAGUCCGUGAGCUCACAUGACGACAGCGACUCCACGAAGCCCAGCACAGCCGGCCUGGCCGCUCCGUCCACGACCUCAGCGCCCGUCAGCAACUCGUACAACAACGGCAUCGGCAUCCGCGACUACGACGAGCUGAUGGAGUCCAAGUACUCGGAGGCUAUGCAGCAGAAGGACGUGUCGGCGCAGGAGCUGCUGCAGCAGGCGGAGCACCACAACAUCGACCAGUACUUGCUGUCGUGGAACAACUUCUACGGCAACAUGUGCCGGGGCUUCCACAGUCUGCAGAAGGACGGCCAGAUGGUGGACGUGACCAUUGCUGCGGGCGGCAAGAUCUUCAAGGCACACAAGCUCGUCCUGUCCGUGUGUAGUCCCUACUUCCAGAAGAUCUUCCUCGAGCACCCGUCCACGCACCCCAUCCUCUUCAUGACGGACGUCCACAGCAAUCACAUGGCGGGCCUGCUGGACUUCAUGUACAGCGGCCAGGUGAAUGUCAAGUACGAGGACCUGCCCAACUUCCUCAAGGUGGCCGAGGCGAUGCAGAUCAAGGGCCUGCACAGCGAGAGCACGACCGACCAGGAGGAGCAGAGCAAGCACACGACCAACAGUGCGAACUCCACCAACAGCAAUUCCAAGCAGUUCAAGCACCCCGCGUAUCCCGGCGUCACAAACCUCUCCAUGGCCGACACAUAUCACAGAGUGCCCACGAGCACGGGCAAGAGCCCCAACAUGGCCAGAUCCACUCCGCCCAGCAGCCUCUCGCCGGCCCUGGCGCAGUCGCGCCUCUACCAGCCGCCGCCGCUGCCCAACGCGGCGCCCAAGUACCAAAUCCACAGCACGAGCAAGACCAUGUUGGACAACCAGAAGCACCAGAAGUACUUCUCGAAGCGCAAGAUGGCCACGCCCAUGGAGGUGAUCAGCGGCGACAGCAAGAUGGACGCGAAGCGCAACCGCCUGGCCGAAGACAGCAACAAGAACUACAAGGCACUGCCACUGACGGAGGACGAUCUGGUGGAGGAGCGCGAGGAGCGCGGCGUGAAGACGGAACCGGACGCGGACAACGACAACAGCCAAGCACAGCAGGAGGAGGAGGUCUACUAUGCGGACUCACCCACGGGCGCCGCGGCGGCGGCCAUCGCGGCCACGGCCAAGCUCAAGCAUUCCAUCCUCGAGUCACACUUGCGACAGAACGAGAACAGCGCGCUCUCCGGGAAGCUCAACUUCACGCGGCAGAGCAGCUGAAAGUGGUGACACGGCCUGCGUCCGGCGCACGCUUUUCCCGGCCCGCGCACAGCUCUCCUCAAGUCCCUGAUCGCCUGACAUUUCGCAUUUCGCUAAUUACGACACAUUAUAUUAUUUUCUUAUUAUUUUAUAC